AUGUCUGAUCAGGAGUCCGACACCUUUCAUAAGCGCUUUCAUCCUCUGCGUCUUCUCCCUGCCCCAGACGUGGAAUGGGACGUGAACAGACGGCAACGAGCUCACAAGGAUGACGUCGUAAGGCCUUGCGAAACAUCGCUCGCUGGCGCCAAAUGUCUUCGCUUGUUCUACCUCGACGGCGAUGAUGGCGGAUGGAAGCAGUUCUUGCCCUCCCGCGCGCAAAUCUUGGCCUGUCGGAUGGCCAAUGCGUCCAAUACUCUUCCAGAACAGUUCACCGGCGCUUUGGGUCGUCUCUAUCGCCUUCACCUGGUGGAGGUGGAUCCGGCAGACUUUGACGGAUCCGCCUCCCGCCUGCAGGAAGUGCAGGAACGUAUACAGGAACGCAAAUUCCGUCAGGAGAUGGAUGAGCUUGAGGAAAAGAUGCUGAGCAACCAGGCGCGAUACCUGGAGCAUGGGGAAACGCUGCAGGAGAUCUCCUCCCCUCAGAAGGAAGCCACGGACCCAAACGAAGGGGUCAACGAGACACCCAAACAACUUGGAAAAUCACCGCUUGAUGAGCCAGUCCCUCCUGCCGACAAUUCAAGAGACAAAGAAGAACCCACGACUGAGAAAGGAACCCCUGGUGAUUCGCCCGUCAACAUCGAAGGCCCAAGCCACGUACAAGAAACGCUGGAGGAGAUCUCCUCCCCAGAGGGGGAAGCCAUGGACCCAAAUGAAUGGAUGAGCAAGAUACUCAAGCAACUUGCUGAGCCAGCCCCUCCUGAUGACAGUUCAAAGGACAAGGAAGAGUUUAGCACCCGCAGCGACGCGCUUGGCGGUCUUGCCCUUGCCGGCAAUCUCAGCGACUUCAUAGGUGGACUUGGGAGCAGACAUUGUAGUGGUGGUGCUGGUGAUGCUGCUGGUGAUGCUGCUGGUGAUGCUGCUGGCGCUGAUGCUGGCGCUGAUGCUGGUGGUGAUGAAUAGAAGCUGACGAUGGUGAAAUGUACAAAUAAUGUUCGAAUAUCGGAUGGAAGACUGUGAUCGCGUCAGGAUGCCGAUAGUCAGUCACCGAAGGGAGAAAUGGGGCCAAGAACCUGAAUAUCCACCUGGAGGUACCUAUUAUC